GGUUGGUCUUAAAUGGGCAAAUGGGUUAGGACUCACCUCCUUUUAAGGAGCUCCGUGUAGCCAAUGUUGUCCAUUGCCCGAUCUUGCGUGACAUCUUCGAGUGACUCAGCAAACAAGCUGCAGAUUUGAUGAACAAACUUCACUGUAAUCGUUCAUGAUGGUCUUUGAGGCUACUAAUCAGAUCUUACUCCUGUUUGUGGCUGUGUUUCUCCCGUUGACAGUCAGCGGAUUAAGAUGUUACCAAUGCCUGAGCUCUUCAUCAAUGGCAGAUUGCAGCAAGACCAGCACGAAACUAACAUGCCCAGAAGUAGCUAACAGCUGUGCCAAAAUCUCUACUGAAGUGAUGUCAGACUACUUCUCGUUUAAAAGCUAUUCCUACGGCUGCGCAACCAAGAAGAUGUGCGACGAUGCCACAGAAGAGCUGAAAGUGUGCGAGCAGAUGAAACAGGCAGGCUACAAAGCUGAGUGUAGCAUCGCUUGUUGUCAAGGCGAUCUUUGUAGUACACUUGUCUCUUUAAGUGUCACGUCGGUGCCAAGCCUCUUGCUGUUACUUCCUUGCGUUAUUUUCACUCUAAUGAGAGUACUUUAAAGCUUACUUUGUCACGCUAAGCUAAAGGCGCCAUAAAUCACGUGAUGUACAUGUUUAGUCCACUGCUCCCAAUAAGGAGAAAUCUCCUGAACUGCCAAGAAUUUUUGUGUAACUGUUGUCAGCAAAUAAAGAACGCGUCGUUAUGUGCUUA